AAUGGGCGGAAGUGGAGGCGACUUCCGGUACACACCCCCGCCGGGAGCGUGGACCAACGCGGCCGAGGGGCCCGACCUGGAACAGGAGAAGGCCGGGCGGAAGUGCCUGCUCCUCCGCCGCCUUGGUUACCGCGUUCUGAGCCCCUGCUACGUCAUCGCUUAGAGCCCGCUCUCAGCGGCCAGCGCUGGCGCCGCCCGAGACCGUGGGGCUCGGGUUGCCGCCCCCUCAGGAGCCACCAUGUUGGUGAUACCCCCGGACUGAGCGAGGAGGAGGAGGCUCUGCAGAAGAAAUUCAACAAACUCAAGAAAAAGAAAAAGGCAUUGCUGGCUCUGAAGAAGCAAAGUAGCAGCAGCACAGCCAGCCAAGGUGGCGUCAAACGCUCACUGUCAGAGCAACCUGUGGUGGACACAGCCACAGCAACAGAGCAGGCAAAGCAACUGGUGAAGUCAGGGGCCAUCAGUGCCAUCAAAGCCGAGACCAAGAACUCAGGCUUCAAACGUUCUCGAACCCUAGAGGGGAAGCUAAAGGACCCUGAGAAGGGGCCAGUCCCUACUUUCCAGCCCUUCCAGAGGAGCAUAUCUGCUGAUGAUGACCUGCAAGAGUCUUCCAGACGUCCCCAGAGGAAAUCUUUGUAUGAGAGCUUUGUGUCUUCUAGUGAUAGGCUUUGGGAACUGGGGCCAGAUGGAGAAGAAGCAGAGGGUCCAGGGUCUGGUGAUGGUCCCCCUCGAAGCUUUGACUGGGGCUAUGAAGAACGUAGCAGUGCUCGCUCAUCAGCCUCCCCUCCCCGAAGCCGGGACCGCAGCCAUGAGAGGAACCGGGACAGAGACCGAGAUCGGGAGCGGGACAGAGAUCGAGAUCGGGACCGGGAGCGAGACGAGAACCGGGAUCGGGAUCGAGAUAGGGAUAGAGAUCGAGACCGAGACCGAGACCGGGACCGGGACAGGGAUAGAGACCGAGACCGAGAGGGCCCUUUCCGCAGGUCGGACUCAUUUCCUGAACGCCGGGCCCCUCGGAAAGGGAACACUCUCUACGUGUAUGGAGAAGACAUGACACCCACUCUCCUCCGUGGGGCCUUCUCUCCCUUUGGAAACAUCAUUGACCUCUCCAUGGACCCACCCAGAAGCUGUGCCUUCGUCACCUAUGAAAAGAUGGAGUCAGCAGAUCAGGCCGUUGCCGAGCUCAAUGGGACCCAGGUGGAGUCCGUACAGCUCAAAGUCAACAUAGCCCGAAAACAGCCCAUGCUGGAUGCUGCUACUGGCAAGUCUCUCUGGGGCUCCCUUGCUGUUCAGAACAGCCCUAAGGGUUGCCACCGGGACAAGAGGACCCAGAUUGUCUACAAUGAUGAUGUCUAUGAGGAAAACCUGUGGAUGACUUCUAGGGAAUGGAGCUGGAUUCCUUGUGCCUCAUAACACCCCCAAUGCCGGUCUCAGUAAAACACUGAGGUGGAAGCUCACACAUCUUCCUCAGCCUCUGGUUUUUCAGCCCUUGGGAUUGGGGUUAAGCCUUUAAAAACGGCUGUCAGAUUGUAUCUCAGUUGUUAACAACAUGGCCAGUACACAUCCCCCACUCCUUUACCCACAAGGAUCUGGAACACAGUUAUUAUCGCAACUGUUUUAAUUUGAUCCCAUGCCCCUUUCCAGAAGGAAACCCCUCAUAGAAAACCCAGAUCCCUCAUCUUUGAGUUUCUCCUUGAGCCAGGGCAGCACUUGGAAGAGAUUGACGUGAAAGUCCCGGGCAUGAGCAGGUACCUGCUGUUGCAGUCUGUUGUCUUUGCAGACAUCCACUACUCCCCAGCUGAUCACACCAACCU